AUGUGCGGCGACUCAAUCAGACCUACCUUUGGCGGUACCAUUGCGGUGCUGUUCCCCAGUGAGAAUCGAUCGAGUUCAUCGAGUUCUCAUACUUCGGAGCAGUCCCGGUCCUCGUCUCCGGACUCCGUUGCUUCGUCAACUUCAUCAGUCUCAUCUCUAUCUUCAUAUUCGCUAUUUUUCCGCGACAACGAGAAGGAUAGCAAGACGAAAGCAAUUUUUCAAAUCGAUGACGCUGAGACGUACGAAAUGCUUCGUGAAUGCCGGCAGGUGGAUAUGCGGAUCGAGCAAUAUGGAGAUCUCUCUACACCAACGAAUUCUACACCACCUCUACACAAGUUCCGUUUAGACUUGGCAUCGAGCCCGAAUUUGAAGCCCGGGCAGCGCCAGACGGAGAUGGAAUUCGAGUUGCCCGAACGGCUGGACCUGGGCGUCUCGACGAAGGGCGUUGUCGGGAGACAAGUUACCGUGAGCGACGCGGGCGGUGCCGUCCUGGGGGUCGGAAUUGUCGGAUAUAAUUGA